UGCAGACAAUGGCUUCACUGUUUGUGAGAAGACUGUAAUGAAGCCCAGGACGUGCUGGGAGGCAGCUGACGGAGAGACGGACUCCCUCCGCAUCAUCGGGGGCUACAUUAUGGCCCCCCACUCCUCCAAGUACUUGGUGUCUCUGAAGAGGAGGAAGAGCGGCUUCCAUUUCUGCGGGGGAGCCCUGGUCAGCCGCAGCUGGGUCUUGACCGCUGCCCACUGCAAGGCCAGAAUGAACCAGGUGCUCAUCGUGGCCGGAGAACAUUCACUGUCCACUUUUGAGGGUACCGAGCAGAUCUUCCGGCCGGCCCGCAUGGUGGUCCAUCCGGACUACAGCGCCUCUUCGAAAAACGCAGACAUCAUGCUGAUUAAGCUGAGCCGGCCGGUGGCCUACAGCCCCUUCGUCUCCAUCGUGCCAGUUCCUCGCCAAGGGGCGAAGGUUCGGGCCGGCCGCUUCUGCCAGGUCUCCGGCUGGGGCUACACCACGCCCGUCAGGGGCAGGACUUCGGACACCCUGCACAGCGUCUACCUGCCCCUCGUCCCGCCUUGCAAGUGCAACAGCUCCGCUUCAUACGCCGGUUACAUCACCAAGAACAUGAUCUGUGCCGGAUUUGGCCGGGGGGGGAAAGACGCCUGCCAGGGUGACUCGGGGGGCCCCCUGGUCUGCGAUGGACAUGUGUUUGGCAUCGUUUCCUGGGGACACAGCUGCGCCAGCCCCGGGUAUCCCGGCGUCUACACUGCCGUGGCCAACUUCCAGAAGUGGAUCUACAAGACGAUUUUCCAGGCAUAA